UACGACGACACAAGCUCGGUGGGGCAGAGCUCAGCGCCCACCCGGUCUAUUGUCGGGCAUCCACACCAUACCCUCGUGCAGCAGCUCGACCCCGGCCUGGACCACGUCGGUCACGGACAGCCGCAGCAGCAGAACUCGUUUGUGCUGUGGUGCGAGUUUUGCGCCCUCAAGGGGUGCCAAGUGACAUUCCGCGGCGACGACGAGGCCGGCUGGAUCGAACACCAUGCCCGCCAUCUAGAAGAUCGCUUCCCCGCCCGCCUCAUGUGUUGGUUUUGCGACCACGUCCCCUUCGUCGCCGGCCAGCCCGCUGAGCGCCGCGCCAACUUUGAGCUUCGCAUGCAGCACAUCCGCGCCCACAUCUUCGACGAGUACCAGCUCUCCGACCACAUGCGGCCCGACUUCUUCGUCAUUGAGCACUUGCACAAGCACCGCCUGCUCGAUGAGGAAACGUUUCGAUACGCAAUGCAAUACAACGAGCUGCCUGCCGCAUUCAGGCUGCCC